AUGGCGUCGAUAGAGGCGUUCUUGUCCAAGCUCGACACGUGCGAGGAGUGGCUAGGGAACUCCAGGAGGGAGUGGACCAGUCGUGUGGCAUGCAUGAGACAACUUGAGGGGAUCGCGACCGCGCUGCCCAGUGACUCCGCGAUCCCUGCCAAGGCCCUGCACAAGAUCUGUUCGAUGGCGGACGCAUUUCGAAUCGAGUUGGCCGACUGCCAUCCCGCUGUCGUCAAGCAAACUUGUAGCUUGUUGGGAACACUGGCGUCGACCUGCGGUGCGUCGUUCACAAGCGUCACAGAGGCUUUACUCGUUCCCAUCUUGUUGAUGGCGACCAAGAAGAAACAAACGCAAGUGAUUGCGAUGGCCGCGCGGCAGUGCUUGCACAGCAUGACCAAGUCCAGUCGGUUUGCCAUCGUGCUUUUAGAAAAGACGUACCAACAUGCGAAGCGAGACGAGAACCUUCGCAUGAUGUGCAUGUCGCUCGUGGUACUCGUGCUGCGUUACUGGGACGCAGAUGUCGUGCUCACCAAUGACGCGUACACUCCGCUUUGCCGCUUUAUCAUCAAGGCGCUGGAAGAUGAACACGCGGCUGUUCGAACGCAAGGGCGCAUGGCGCUCUGCCUCUUGUGCGAGUACGGGCACGAGCGCUUUGCGGAGCUUCUCGAUAUCGUGCCAACGGACACGAUGGAUGCGAUCGUGGCAGAGUUCCCGGAGUCUCUCCUGACCGCGACGCGACGGCAACUUUUACUUGCACCCCCUGAACAUGACCCAAAUCUUUUGCCUGUCAUUCCUGAGGUGCACGAGGAUGACAGCGACGAAGAGAGCGGCAUCAGCUCGGAGGAUCUAUCGCACGUGCUGAUCGUACCGAAGUCGUACUGGUGCAAUUCUCCAGCGGCCACUUCCCCCGAUGACAGUCGUGCAUCUCCAAUACACGCACUUGACAACACCACGCGCGAUGGAAACUCCAGUUUAACAGAGUCAUGGGUCGAUCGCCUCGACUGGAGUCAGUUCAGCGACACCAGUUCGACCAAGGACGAGAAUGUGCAAGGCCGCGCGGCGUCCAUGGUGGCCUCACCCGUUGAGCAUGAUCGAGAAGGCAGCGAAAACGUUGCAGAUGAGAGCUUUGACGAUGAGCAGAAGGAUACCAUGCCCACUUCGAGCGAUUUUGCCGAAGAAAGCGACCGCGAUGAUAUCGCAUUGUCCCAAAGCAGCGAUGAAUGGAAUGGGUCUGAAGCUGACUUAGUGGAUGGGAAAGUUGACGUUGAGGGUGCCAUUUUCGGUACCGUCGAGUCGGUCAUGUCCAUGGAUGAAUGGCUGAAGCACAAUCGCGACGAAUGCGGCGGCAGUGUGAUCAAGUCUCCCACGAACCGAACGAGUAGAAGCAGCGCCAGUAGCCACAUCGAUAGCCACGACGGGCUCCUGGCUACGCCCUUGGACGUAUCGCCAGACUUUGCCCAAGACAAAGGAGAGAGCCACGUCACAACUUUGGAAUAUAACUACGGCGCCGAUGACAUGAAUGCGAGCAAUAAUGAUGCCCCCUUGAAUCCUGUCGUGAAGUCCCAAGAGGAAGCACUGACGACCCCUCGUGAGAUCUUAUCUGUCACGCCAGCGCCAGCUCCUCAGCUCACUUCCUUGGCGACGCAAAGCGCCCCCAAGACGCCAGUCCAUCUAUUCCCACACAACACACCAUCCCAACGUUGGCAUUCGAGAGUUUUGCCUGAAAGUACUACCACCCUGAGUCUCAAUCGAACACCACCACUUUCACCGACCCCGCCGCCGCACGCCCGCCCUGCAUCGGGAUACCGAUCGAUUCGGUUUGCAACCGCUUCGUUUACUCCGUCGCCAUUUUCUUCUACGGGGGAAUCCGACAUCACAGCGAACGCUUCGACAAUGCCGUCGCCUUUGACGAUCCAAAUCGACUCCAGUCGCGUCGACACAGCUCUACCUCAACCAACGCAACGCGUCGAGCAAGAAGGUCGUCGUUCCGCAGUUCCGUCGUCCAGACGAAGCUCCAUGCCACUACGUCGUGGGGCUUCCUCCUCCGCAACGUCCUCAGUGACGGAGACUGUGCUUCCACCGCCAAGACCUCACCCGAUGCCAUCCAUUUCGGCGACUGACGCGCAAACGCUCGAAUCAACUCUCGACUCGAUUCUCCAUUCGAUGGACACACUGUCGUCCAAACUCACACCUACCAAACAACAUGGUUGUCAGCGUAUGCAGGGUAACAACCCGUGGCUCAUGGGGCCUCCUCCACCGCACACUGUCGCGGCUCCUCCGGCCGAUUGCCAGCCCCUGCCCACAUUGAUGUCUCCAGCGCCUGACGAAGCACCGACGCUCGAUUCGACGGCAAACGCCAUCACCACCUCAAGCACCGCCGAGCUCAUUCCGCAUCGCCUGGACGUUACUCCCAUCGCCCCGAUUCAGUCUCAACCAGCAGCACCUCGUGCCCUGAACAGAGCAUGGGACACAGUGUGCUCGCUGCUUUGGGUCGCCAGUCUAGUGUUUGCAGUCCUUGGCAUGAAGGGUGCCAUGGAGGCCCACAUGACGCACGCUUCAGUCGUCCCGCGUGGUGACCACCCUUUGAAUGCCAAGGCGCGCCUCGUUGCACAGUUUGACGACUCCGCGACCGAAACAAGCAAGCGCCUCGCGCGCUUGGAACAGGCGAUUCAUGAAUGGAAGGCUGGCGUGGCGGUCACACAGCAUCAGAUGCAAGUCGAGAUGGCGGCAAUGAAGGACGACUCGACAUCGAUGGAAUGGACUCCUGUUGUGGCUGCGCUGCGCCGUCAGUUGGACGACGAGUUGGAAAAGAUUGCAUGCCACGCACCAUGAUAAAUACGAAUGUUACACGGACGCGAUUUUGACGUGGGACGUGAUCCAUGGAUGGGUCACGAUCAGCUCGAGCGGCAAUCGAUGGGCAGGAUCUUUGCGCAAGAUGCGCCCCAGGAGGUCCCUCGCCUUGAUCGACACAUGCGGCGGAUACUGCAAGUUGACGGCGCGAAUGC